AUGGUGUACAACGAACUUAGACCAGCUCUGUUAUUCCUCACACACGCACUACCUAUCAUCUCCGCACUCGGCAUCAACUGUAGAGGCUCCAUCCUCUGUGGUCGGGCAUCUCUUAGCAACCAACAGUCCGUGGGCAUUAUUCAAAUCCUUCGAGACGUUAUCUGGGCUUCUCCCAUGUCUAACAGCACCACCUAUGCCUCUGGCGACCACGACAAAUACGGCCGCUCGUUGAUGCCAUACUCGAACAUGGAUGUGGGCCUUGCGGCAGCGUUCCUAUUCAUUUCGUGGACCAAGGGAGCAAUGAUCCUAGCGAUGGGAUCCUGA